AUUCAAUAAGCCCAGCUUCGCGGCUGGUUCGCCGGGGUGAGGCGGGGGAGCGGGCGGGGCCUGCGCUCCGGCGCCCGCGACCCGGGCGGGGAGGGCGUGUGUGUUGCUGCGGCGGAGGGGUGGGGGGCGGUGGCGGCCGGACGGGCGGGCGCGCGGGAUGGAACACCGGGACACCGACGGAAUGCUCCGAAGUGCCACAUAAUCCCCUGGAACGGCCGUGCCUAACGCCAUUGGCUUCUCCCUUCUUCCCGCGCCGCCGCCGCCGUCUCCCACCUUCGCCUCCCCGCCUCGCUCUCCGCCCGCUGCCUCCGGAGCUGGGGGGGAAGCGCAAAGCCCCACUGCAAUGGAGCCCGCCGCCGCGGCUACGGCGCAGCGACUCCCCGAGACCAGCGGGGAGGACCGAGCUCCGGCUCCGGCGGCGGCGGCAGCGGCGGCUCUGGCGGCGGCAGCCGGGGGCGGCCGGAGCCCGGAGCCCGCGCUGACCGCGGCGGCCCCGAGCGGCGGGGCGCGGGAAGAGGCCCCCAGCGAGGCGCAGCCGGGGCCGCUGCCCGGCCGGGCGGGAGGCACGGGUCGCAGGAGGCGGCGCGGCGCGCCUCAGCCCACCGCCGGCGGGGCUGCCCCGGGGCCCGGGGCCGGCGGCGCCAACUCCCUGCUGCUGAGGAGAGGGCGGCUGAAGAGGAAUCUGUCCGCGGCCGCCGCCGCCUCGUCGUCCUGGUCCUCGUCGUCGUCGUCGUCCGCGGCUGCCGCCUCGCACUCCCCCGGCCUCUCCGCCUCUUGCUCGGCCUCGGCGUCGCUGUGCACCCGGAGCCUGGACAGGAAGACGCUGCUCCAGAAGCACCGGCAGAUGCUGCAGCUGCAGCCGUCGGACCGGGACUGGGUGCGGCAGCAGCUCCAGCGGGGCUGCGUGCAUGUCUUCGACCGCCACAUGGCCUCGACCUACCUGCGCCCGGUGCUCUGCACGCUGGACACCACGGCCGGCGAGGUGGCCGCCCGCCUGCUCCAGGUGGGCCACAAAGGUGGCGGCGUGGUGAAGGUGCUGGGCAAGGGGCCCCCAGACGCCGGCCCCCGGCUCGCUCUCGCCGAGCCGCGGGACUCGGGGCCGCCGCCCGGGAGGAGCGGGCUGGCCGCCGUCGGGGGGCCGCAGCGCGCGCCUCCCGCCGACCUGCCGCUGCUCGGCGGCCUGGCCGGGUGGGCGCGCUGCGCCUCCCGCGCCAGCCCCGCGCCCUCGGACUCCAGCCUCGGAGAGCCGGGCGCCCCGCGGUCCUUGGACGGCGCGGCCGCGGGCCUGGCCUCCGACACCGAGAGCUUCAGCCUGAGCCCCAGCGCCGAGAGCGUGUCGGACCGGCUGGACCCUUACAGCAGCGGCGGUGGCUGCUCGUCGUCGUCCGAGGAGCUGGACGCGGACCCGGCCCCGGCCUCGACCCCGACGGGGGCUCCGGGCCAGCCCCGGCUGCCCCGGCUUGGAGCGGGCGUCCAGCCGCCAUCCCCGCCGGCCUCCCCGCCUCCGCCGCAGCCGAAAGCCCAGAGGGGCGUCGAGGGCCCGGCCAUCGCCGCCCGCGACCGGCCUCGGGAGGAGAAGGCGGCGGCGGCGGCAGCGGCCCUCGGCUGCCCCCCGUCGACCCCGGGUGGGAACGGGGCGACCGCUGAGAAGGCGCCUCCGCCGCCCACCCUGUACGUGCAGCUCCACGGAGAGACCACCCGGCGCCUGGAGGCGGACGAGAAGCCGUUACAGAUCCAAAAUGACUACCUCUUCCAGCUGGGCUUUGGGGAGUUGUGGAGGGUGCAGGAGGAAGGCAUGGACCCGGAGAUCGGCUGCCUCAUCCGCUUCUAUGCAGGAAAACCUCACAGCACCGGUAGCUCUGAACGGAUUCAGCUCUCAGGAAUGUAUAAUGUCCGUAAAGGCAAAAUGCAGUUGCCAGUGAACCGAUGGACCAGACGCCAAGUCAUCCUGUGUGGGACCUGCCUAAUAGUAUCAUCUGUGAAAGACAGCUUGACCGGAAAGAUGCAUGUUCUACCGCUAAUUGGUGGGAAGGUAGAAGAAGUGAAAAAGCACCAGCACUGUUUAGCAUUUAGCUCCUCUGGACCCCAAAGCCAGACUUAUUACAUUUGUUUUGAUACAUUCACAGAGUAUUUAAGGUGGCUUCGACAGGUCUCCAAGGUUGCAUCACAGCGUAUUAGCUCAGUGGACCUCUCGUGCUGUAGCCUGGAGCAUCUGCCUGCCAACCUCUUCUACAGCCAAGACCUCACUCAUCUCAAUUUAAAACAAAACUUCCUAAGGCAGAAUCCCAGUCUGCCAACUGCAAGGGGGCUCAAUGAACUGAAAAGGUUCACCAAGUUGAAGAGUCUUAACCUUUCCAAUAAUCAUUUAGGGGACUUCCCAUUAGCAGUCUGCAAUAUUCCAACCCUGGCCGAGCUGAAUGUGUCCUGCAACGCCCUCCAAGCAGUCCCAGCAGCUGUGGGAGUUAUGCACAACUUACAGACAUUUUUGUUGGAUGGAAACUUUCUCCAGACCCUUCCUGCUGAGUUGGAGAACAUGCAUCAGCUUAGUUAUCUUGGUCUUUCUUUCAAUGAAUUCACUGACAUUCCAGAGGUGUUGCAGAAAUUGACUGCUGUGGAUAAGCUUUGUAUGUCUGGAAACUGUAUGGAGACUCUUAGACUACAGGCUUUAAGAAAAAUGCCUCACGUUAAACAUGUGGAUCUAAGACUGAACCUAAUUAGGAAGCUAAUAGCGGAUGGAGUAGACUUUCUCCCUCAUGUCACUCAGCUUGACCUACGCAACAAUAAGCUUGGCGAUCUAGAUGCUAUGGUUUUCAACAACAUUGAAGUUUUACACUGUGAAAGGAAUCAACUGGUGACGUUAAACAUCUGUGGCUAUUUCCUAAAAGCACUCUAUGCCUCUUCUAAUGAACUUGUCCAACUUGAUGUUUACCCAGUUCCGAAUUACCUGUCCUAUAUGGAUGUUUCAAGGAACCGUUUAGAAAACGUGCCUGAGUGGGUUUGUGAAAGCCGAAAGCUAGAAGUUUUGGAUAUCGGCCAUAAUGAGAUAUGUGAACUUCCUACACGCUUAUUUUGUAACAGUAGUCUCCGGAAACUACUGGCAGGACACAACCAGCUGACAAGGCUUCCCGAAAGGCUGGAAAGAACCUCAGUGGAGGUCCUGGACGUGCAGCACAACCAGCUCCUGGAGCUGCCACCCAGCCUUCUGAUGAAGGCCGACAGCCUGAGAUUCCUGAAUGCAUCUGCAAACAAACUGGAAACCCUUCCUCCAGCCACACUUUCUGAAGAGACAAACAGCAUCUUACAGGAGUUGUAUUUGACGAAUAACAACCUCACAGAUAAGUGUGUGCCCUUGUUAACAGGACACCCCCAUCUGAAGAUUCUUCACAUGGCCUAUAACCGACUUCAAAGUUUUCCAGCAAGUAAAAUGGCAAAGCUGGAGGAACUUGAAGAAAUUGACCUCAGUGGGAAUAAACUGAAGGCCGUCCCGACGACGGUGGUGAACUGCAGGCGCAUGCACACAGUGAUUGCUCAUUCCAACUGCCUGGAAGUCUUUCCUGAAGUUAUGCAGCUCCCAGAAAUCAAGUGCGUAGACCUGAGCUGUAAUGAGCUAAGCGAAGUCACUUUACCGGAAAACCUGCCUCCAAAACUGCAAGAACUAGACCUGACUGGAAACCCCCGACUUGCCCUCGAUCACAAAACCCUGGAGCUGCUGAAUAAUAUCCGCUGCUUCAAGAUUGAUCAGCCUUCAGCAGGAGAUGCAUCUGGAGCCCCAGCUGUAUGGAGCCAUGGCUACACUGAAGCUUCAGGGGUGAAAAACAAGUUGUGUGUUGCAGCCCUGUCGGUGAAUAACUUCUGUGACAACCGGGAGGCCCUGUAUGGUGUAUUUGAUGGAGACCGGAACGUGGAGGUGCCCUACCUUCUCCAGUGUACCAUGAGUGAUAUUUUGGCGGAAGAGCUGCAGAAAACAAAAAAUGAAGAAGAAUACAUGGUCAAUACGUUCAUUGUUAUGCAAAGGAAGCUUGGAACUGCUGGGCAGAAACUUGGAGGUGCUGCUGUCCUUUGUCAUAUCAAGCACGACCCUGUGGACCCAGGAGGACCCUUCACCUUGACUUCUGCUAAUGUGGGCAAGUGCCAAACGGUCCUCUGUCGGAAUGGGAAGCCACUGCCUCUGUCCAGAUCGUAUGUCAUGAGCUGUGAGGAAGAACUGAAGAGAAUCAAACGGCACAAGGCCAUUAUCACUGAGGAUGGCAAGGUGAACGGAGUGACCGAGUCCACGCGCAUCCUGGGCUACACCUUCCUGCACCCCAGCGUGGUGCCCCGCCCCCACGUGCAGUCGGUGGCCCUAACCCCGCAGGACGAGUUCUUCAUCCUGGGCAGUAAGGGCCUGUGGGACAGCCUGUCCGUCGAGGAGGCCGUGGGCGCCGUGCGCAACGUGCCCGAUGCCCUGGCCGCCGCCAAGAAGCUGUGCACCCUGGCGCAGAGCUACGGCUGCCGCGACAGCGUCAGCGCCGUGGUGGUGCAGCUCAGCGUCCCCGAGGACAGCUUCUGCUGCUGCGAGCUCGGCGCCGGCGGGCCCGUGCCGCCGCCCAGCCCCGGCAUCUUCCCGCCCUCCGUCAGCAUGGUGAUCAGGGAGCGGCCGGCCGACGGGCUGGGCGUGCCGUCGUCCAGCAGCGGCCUGGCCUCCGAGAUGAGCAGCGAGCUCUCCACAUCCGAGAUGAGCAGCGAGGUGGGGUCCACGGCCUCGGACGAGCCCCCGCCGGGCGCCCUGAGUGAGAGCAGCCCCGCCUGCCCCAGCGAGCCGCGCUGCUCGCUGCACCCCGUGUGCCCGUCCAGCUCCUUCCAGCGCCAGCUGUCCAGCGCCACUUUCUCCAGCGCCUUCUCUGACAACGGCCUGGACAGCGACGACGAGGAGCCCAUCGAGGGCGUGUUCAGCAACGGCAGCCGGGUGGAGGUGGAGGUGGACAUCCACUGCGGCCGCGCCAAGGAGAAGGAGAGGCCGCCGCCCCUGCUCCAGGUGCCGGCCGAGGCCAGCGACGAGGGCAUCGUCAUCAGCGCCAACGAGGACGAGCCGGCCCUGCCCCGCAGGGCCGACUGUGCUGCCGUGGGGACCAUGGGGCGCCGGAGGGCCAACGGCUCCGUGGCGCCCCAGGAACGGAGCCACAACGUGAUAGAGGUGGCCAUGGACGCACCGCUCCGCAAGCCGGGGGGCUAUUUCGCGGCGCCGGCCCAGCCGGACCCGGAUGAUCAGUUCAUCAUCCCCCCGGAGCUGGAGGAGGAGGUCAAAGAGAUCAUGAAGCACCACCAGCAGCAGCCGCCGCCGCCGCCCUCCCAGCUGCCCGCGCAGCAGCCGCAGCGGCAGUGCCCGGCGGACCCGCUGCCAGACUACUGUGACACACUGCUAUGACCCGCCCGCACGCGCUUUACAAAUAAACUAACCCGCAAGACUGACUUGCAGGAGUCUCCCAGGCUCACAUUAAACCAGGGGUUUACUCCACGCCCUCCUCCCAGACACUUCCCCAGCCUGUCUUUGCAGCUAGUCUGUAGGUUCCCCUUCUGUUGGUCUUUUUUUUUUUUUUUUUUUAAUAAUUACCACUUUUCUUCUAGUGAUGCUUUACCGAUAUGAUUUAAAUUUGUUAACUUCUUUCCCUAACAUAUCAGAUGUGUAAAGACAAAGAACAGAAGGUUUAAUAUAUUACAGAGAAACAGUUAAUGAUAAUGUAAUAUUUUUUAAAAUGGCUCUUUGUUGUUUUGUUUGUGUGGAAGGCAGGGCAGGUUGCCAGUGCUAAAUGAUUUAAUAUUGUAAUUCUAUAUUUCUUUGGGGGGGAAGACUUUUUUUUUUUGUCUUGAAAAUGAUAGACAUUUGUAGAAUAUGGAGACUAACUCCUAGGAGUUGCUUUACUCUGUCAGGUGACUUAAGUCACUGGGAUUCACUAAUUUUCUCUGAGAGAACAGUUGAUUGAGAAAUUUCUAUUGUAAAUAGCUCAGUGUUGUAUAGCGAUGCUUCGAAUGUUUUGUAGUUUUGGCAUAAGGGACACAGACUAAACAACUGACUUCCCUUCCUCCCCCUCUGAGGGCCUCCCUACCCACACCCACCUCAUCCCCCACCUGCUUAGUUCAUUGAGUGAUGAGGCUGAGCACUGCUAAGAGCAUUGCUGUUCACGUAAGGUGGACUUCAGGCCACUGGAAACGAACCUGCACCCGAGGGCCUCUGACCCUUUUUCUUCCUCUCCUGUUCCCACCCAGCCUCUUUUGCAGACACUUUUUAACUGUGUUCCUUACUGCUGCCACAAUCAGCAUGAUUGUAUAGAAUUCAGUUAGCUCAUUUACAUACCAGGAGUUAUAUUAAAGCAGAAUGCACAAAUGAACAUGUCAUAAUUUUUGUUAUAAUAAAUAUAAAAUUUACAAG